AGGAAUGGAUAUUCCUACAGAGGUGAUACUGUCUCAACCCCAGGCUGCUCCUACAGUCACAGGCCACCAACACCAUGCUCUGUGUGCUGCGGGCAUCCAACAGCAGUCCUAAGCAAAGAGGAAGCUCACAGCUCCAGCAAUGGGAAUUCAGGCUGAGCUGCUGGUUAUACUGGGAGCGUGACUCGGCUGCCUGCAAAGUCUCAGCUCUGGGAUCCGACCUUUGCUUUCUCAACGCCCCGUUGGAUCGCAGCGGUUCAGUCUGGGGACCUGCUAAAGUUUGUCGCGUGCUGCUGGGGGAUGGAAGCGAUGAGGAAAACAUUCCUACCCACAGCGGCGGGAGAAGGGGACAGAAUUAUGUUAUCGUCCGCCGGCGGGCAAAAGGCGCCUCCUCUGCUCCAGCAGCAGAGCGGCAGAAAACGGCUGCCCGCAGCCCAAAGAAGCUGCCCGGGGUGCUGCGGAAAGCCUCGCCCGCUCCCUACGUGCGGAGGGUGGGGUGGCUGCGGGAGAUUCAGGCCACCAUCCGAGAACACAAGCGGGAGCACGCCGUGCACAUCCUCAGGCUGCUCAGGAAGGACCUGGGACUGGAAGGAACAUUCCUCAAUGAAGUCCUCUACAAAAAUGCAACCUUCCUCAACUUGGUGGAUCCCAUCUCCCAUGACCUGCUGAUGAGCCUUGCUAGAGACCUGCAGUGUCCCAAAAAGGAAUAUGACCCCUGGAAGUCCUCAGAUAGGAUCUGCAGGCAGCUAAUCUACCACCUGACCCCACACUCCAAAUGGCACCGGCAUGGCAUGCCCCGCAGGAAGUCCCAGAUGUGCCUGAAGAACAGCCUGCAGAAGAAGGUGAGCCAGGGCUCCAUGGAUCUGUCCGGGAUCCCUCUGACCAUGCGGGACGUGCACCGCAUGGCGUACUACCUUCAGAACAACGGGGACCACCUCACCUCCGUGGACCUGAGCUUCACCGAGCUGAACGACGACAUGGUGCGCCUGCUGCUGCCCUUCCUCUGGGUGCUGCCCAAGCUCACCCACCUUUCCCUCAACGGCAACCGACUGACGCGAGCAACCAUGAAGGAGCUGACUGACACCAUGAAGGACAUGAACAAGUUCCCUUGCCUGGCUUGGGUAGACCUCGGCAACAACGUGGAUGUCUCGUCCAUGCCACAGCCUUUGCUCGUGGGCCUGCGCAAGCGUCUCAGCCAGCAGACCACGCUGCCAACCAUUUACGAGGCUCUCGACUGUGACCCAGAGAUCUCCAGUGGGCAGGAGGGCGGCCGGCCGGAGGGCGAGGAAGCAGGGAGCACCCCACGACUCGCUGUCCCUCAGCAGGGCUGCGAGAGGUGACUGGACAACGAGCCGGCUCUGGCACACUUGAAGCCGCCCCGAGGAGCAGUUCUGAGUCCAAACACCAAGCAGAGGGCCAGCUUGACCGGCUUCCUUCAGCACUUCUCUCUCACCUUCCCUGACAUCUCCCUCCAGUUUGCUGUGAGACAAAGCCUGUUGUUCCCCAAAAUGUGCUCUGCUCCCUCCCCUCGCUGCCGAACCCAUUGCCCACAUUACGGAGAGGAACUUACAGCAAAGCUGGUCCCCAGGCUGGGCUUUACUGGAAGACCUGUUGGAGUCAACCAUUUCUUCCAGCAGCCAUUGGGUUGAGGGAAAGUGAUGGGGGGGAAACUUAAAACAGAAACAGGCUUGUAGUUUACUUCCUUUCCUUCUUUUCCUAGGCACCUUGGAAAGCUUGGGACCUGCAGUCUUGAGUGUGAAAGGAGGUACCCCAAGAGCCUAGCUGUUGUGGAGCUUCGUUGAAGGGCUCAGAGGCCAGAGCUGGAGCCCGGCAGUGUCUCCCUCUUGUGUCUGGCUCUUUUUGUUUUGCUUUUUUUUUUCCCCCCCCCAUUGUGUGUUUUGUAUUAAUGUCUGAACAAAGGGACUUGGUCAGAGACCAUCGGAUUGCAUAGGCUGGGGCAGACACAUGGCUUGGAACUGCAGCAUCAGGAUAUUUGUUGUGUGACUGGGGUGAGAGGGAGGGGAAGGAGGUAUGUGUUGGUGGGAGCAUGGGGGAUGGGAUGAGAUGAGAUGGGGUGGGAAGGCCAAGGGUUGAAAAGGGAGGGGAAAUAGUCUUGUGGUUUAAAAGGACUGGUUCAAAAACUGUGGUUUUGUACCCAACUUACAAGUUUCAAGUGAAAUUAAGGAGCAUCAGACAGCUAAGUGCUUUACUGACACUAGAGGAGCAAGCAGUGAAUGUGCCAGAGAUGGGCACUUCCUAAGCUAAAGUGCAAAGCUUUGGCUCCUUAUUGCAUAUUGCACACCUCGUAAUACUGACAUGAUGUGAGCAGCUGCAUUGUCAUUUCCAAUGCUGUCCAAAACCAAACCAGUGAUGCAAGAUUUCUAGUGUUUUCCACAUUGCUCACGUUCUGUGUAAACUCAAUAAAUGGUUCUCUUGGACAUGAGUGUAAAGCACCAUUGGGUCUGAGUAUCUGUGUUGUUGCCAAGCUGAGCCAGCAGCCCAGUCACUGCAACCUGA